GCGCAACUGGCGUGGCUGCUGUUAGGGGCGGGGUUAGGCAAAUAUUCCUCUAAGGGGCGGGGGAAGGGGCCCGGCCGCGCACUGGGGAGGAUCUAGGGGCGUGGUUUGCGUUUCUUCGCUUUCCCGCCGACGGUUGGUCACGUCACGUGACAUGGGCAGGAAGAUGGCGUCUCCCACCGAUGGAACAGAUUUGGAAGCAUCUUUGCUAAGUUUUGAAAAACUUGAUCGUGCUUCACCAGAUCUUUGGCCAGAACAAUUACCAGGUGUGGCUGAAUUUGCAGCUUCCUUCAAAAGUCCUAUUACUAACUCUCCACCCAAAUGGAUGGCCGAAAUAGAACGUGAUGACAUUGACAUGUUGAAAGAACUGGGGAGCCUAACAACAGCUAAUUUGAUGGAGAAAGUACGCGGCUUACAGAACCUGGCCUAUCAGUUGGGGCUGGAUGAGUCCAGAGAGAUGACACGGGGGAAAUUUCUCAACAUUCUAGAGAAGCCCAAGAAGUAGCAGCUGCUUGUGGACAAGUAUCCUGGAAACGGAAACAAGCUCCUUUCCCAGUGCAGCUCUGCACACUUCACGCUUCCUCAGGAGAGGCCAGAGACUGACCCUCAGGACCGCCUGCUCCCCUGCUCCUGGCACUCUUGUGCCUCUGAGGACAGUCAGUGGCAAGAGAAGAAUCUGCUCUACCCAAGGAUCGUUACCUUUACUCAGUUAGCUGUGUAGCCUGAGGUAUUGGUAAUGCUGGAGGUUUCAUCACUCUUAAGGCCAACAUCGUACUCCUGUGUCUGGAAGUGAUUCAGGAUCUUCCAGUCAAUUUGAUUCCACAGUGGCAGAAUCCGUGGUGACAUGCUGAUUGGAUGGGUUCUUUUGAGUUGUAUUUGGCUUCUUAGGAAGUGUUUAUGAUGUGAAGAGACUAUGUCCUGACCUUGAGCUUUCUAGUAUGUAAAAGGUUCCACGACUCUACAGCUGGAGAAAACAGACUCUUCUCGAAAUGUCUGAUGCUUUUUAUAUUCUGCACCUCUCGCCACUCCCACCCUCAUCAAUUCCCACCUCCCAGUCCCACCUUCUGAUCUAACUCCAGGCAAAGGACCCCUGAGGAGUUGAGUCCCUUCUGGAGUUUGCUUAUCAAGGCACAGGCCCAGGCUAGGUCACAUUGGGUUCUAGAGCUCAAGACCAAUAGGAAGGUAACAAAAAGGACUUUUAGUUCUAGUUAAUUUGUUAGGGAUUGAAGCAAAAGAGUCAUUGUGGCCUGCUAGAGCAAAGGGCAUAGCUCAGGGAGGGGAGACUGUUCCCAGUUGGUUGAAAAUUUCACCAAGCAUGUGCUAUGGGAUGGUGGCAAUGUUUUGUUUCACCUUUUCUCCUCACAACAUGUAUCUGAUAUCCCCCCUCCCCCCCCCUCACACACACACAAGAGAAAUAGAAUUUCCUGACCUAAAUAUAGAUUCCAUAGGUAAAAUUAAUUACACCUGUUUUCUCAUGUUUUGAGAAGUACAUAGAUUUUCAUAAACUUUAUGGAAAGAAUCGCCCUGUGACAGUAGUCCAGUGGGACACAGGAAGUUACAGUCAAGUUUGUGCUCUGAGUCUGGGCUAGAGCAUCGUACUCUGUCAUGUACAUCUGUGCCUGUUUCUCAUAGUUGACUUCAUGUUGGGCUUUCUCCUCAAUUGUGUUACUUGACUAUAAACACAAUCUUAUUUUUUGAAAGGAAAAUCACUUAAGCACAUGACACACAAGAUGAGUAUGAGAAAGGAAGGAAGAUGCAGCUGGGGUGUACCCCGGAGGGGUAAGUUGUAGAGGCACUGCUUUUAAGUUAAACAUGUGAUCACCAUUUCUUGGCUAAAUGCAAUUGAAGUAUGUGUGUGCAUGUGGCCAGAGAAUAGUGUCAUAAUGUCAGAUUAUUUCUUUGCCCUGUUUUCAAGAGUUGAUGACAUCAGGUACCUUUAAAUUAUUUGGGGAAAUGGAGAA